AUGGCUGCGGCCUCCCCUCUCGCUGCAGCGCUAACCGGAAAAGGAAGUCGGCCGGCGCCGCAGUCUAGUUAUACAUCCCACCCACUGAAGGACAACUUCCGGCCUUCUGGAACCAAUCUUAGACUCUUCCGGUUUAGACUCGUUGGCACUUCCGCCUUCCAAUCGGAAGUUCCUUUUCGGGAGCUUCCGGAUGUCGUCGAGGACGAGGGAACCGGGGACGGAGCCAUGAUGGCCGCCGCCGGUCCCGAGGAGGAACGGCGAAGGCAGCAGCUGCGGCCGAACGAGAUGGAGGACGAGGAGGUGGCGGCGGGCGGAGCGGGUCACGGUGAGGAGACGCUACAAUUGAACCUGGGUGAUCUGGACCUGACCUCUGAGGAGUUCAUCUUGGACGAAGUGGACAUCCACAUCCAAGCCAACCUGGAAGACGCGCUGGUGCAAGAAGCCUUGAAGACGGGGGUGGACCUCAGGCAGUACUCCAAGCAGGUGGAGCUGGAGCUGCAGCAGAUCGAGAACGCCUCCAUCAAGGACUACAUCAAGGAGAGCAAGAACAUUGCCUCUUUGCACACCCAGAUCACGGCCUGCGACGCCGUCCUGGAGCGCAUGGAGGCCAUGCUGAGCUCCUUCCAGUCAGACCUGAGCAGCAUCAGCUGCGAGAUCCAGACGCUGCAGGAGCAGUCGGUGGCCAUGAACGUCCGGCUGCGCAACCGCCAGGCCGUCCGGGGCCGCCUCUCCCAGCUGGUGGACGAGCUGGUGGUGCCCAAUCUCAUGAUCAGCACCAUCCUGGAGACGCCGGUGACCGAGCAGGGCUUCCUGGAGCAGCUGCACGAGCUGAACAACAAGAUCAACGCGGUGAAGGAGCAGGCCUUCCGGGAGACCAUGGCCUGCGCUGACGUGGCCGACGUCCUAGACAAGCUGAAGGCCAAGGUGAGCCAAUGGGAAGCCCCCCUCUCGCAGGAUUGGCUGGUGUCUCUCUCCGGGGGGAGUGGCCUGUGGCAGAGGAACCUCCUUCUCAUUGCCUCCGAGGGCAGGCUGCGACGAUGGGUCAG